GGAUGCCCAAGCAAAACCUGGCCGCCGUAUCGAUCGCUUGUGCCAAUGGACCUGCCAAACAAAAACACACGAAAGCGAUUGUCAGAUUCUCGCUUCGUAAUGCUGAAAAUCGAGAGCAUUUCCCGUCAAAAUAAUACUAAUCCGUCGCUUCAGCAGGCAAGGCAAAUGCUGGUUGGAGCAAUGGACAUUUUGCCGAUUGGAGAUCAAACCCAGCGAAAUUACACUCGCCGUAAAGAAUAG